CGCGCCUCCUCCCGACUUUCCCGCCAGCAGUGGCCGCGCGGCGGAUGCCGUCCCUGUAGGCGCUCGGAGUGGUGGACCAUUCGGCCCGUCAGCCUUCAUCAUGUCGCGACAAAGCACCCUAUACAGCUUCUUCCCCAAGUCCCCGGCGCUCGGCGACACCAAGGAGGCCGCGGCCGGGGCCUCACGCAAAGGUGCCGCCGCCUCCGGAGCCUCCGCUUCCCGCGGCCGGGAUGCGGCCUGGAGCGAGGCUGGACCUGGGUCCCGGCCCGCAGCGUUAUCCACCUCGUUGCCGGAGGCAAAGGACCUCAACGGAGGGCUGCGGAGGUCGGCCGCGCCGGCGGUCCCCGCCAGUAGUUCUUGUGACUUCUCACCAGGUGAUCUGGUUUGGGCUAAGAUGGAAGGUUAUCCUUGGUGGCCUUGCCUGGUUUAUAAUCAUCCCUUUGAUGGAACAUUCAUCCGGAAGAAUGGGAAAUCAGUCCGUGUUCAUGUACAGUUUUUUGAUGACAGUCCAACAAGGGGCUGGGUUAGCAAAAGGAUGUUAAAACCAUAUACAGGUUCAAAGUCAAAGGAAGCCCAAAAAGGAGGUCAUUUCUACAGCUCCAAGUCCGAAAUACUCAGAGCAAUGCAGCGUGCAGACGAAGCCUUAAGUAAAGACAAGGCUCAGAGGCUUGAGCUGGCAGUGUGUGAUGAGCCUUCAGAGCCGGAGGAGGAGGAGGAGGAGACACAGGUGCAUGGGGCCUAUUUAUCUGAUAAGAGUGAAGAGGAAAAUCAGGACGAGAGUGAAGAAGAAACACAGCCAAACGCUCAGGCUAGGCGAAGUAGCCGGCAAGUCAAAAAGCGAAGGGUCAUCUCAGACUCUGAGAGCGACAUUGGCGGCUCUGAUGUAGAAUUCAAGCCAGACAGUAAGCAAGAAGGCAGCAGUGACGAAGUGAGCAGUGGGGUUGGAGACAGCGAUAGUGAAGGCCUGGGCAGCUUUGGCAAAGGUGCUCCAAAGCGGAAGAGAACAGUGGCAGCUCAUGGUGGACUUAAAAGGAAAAGUCUGAAGAAGGAAACAGGCUCAGCCAAACAAGCAACUCGCAUUCUGUCAGAAACCAAGAGUACCUUGAGUGCUUUCUGUGCCCCGCAGAAUUCUGAGUCCCAAACCCACGUCUGUGGAGGAGGUAACGACAGCAGUGGACCCACUAUCUGGUAUCAUGAGACUUUAGAAUGGCUUAAGCCAGAGAAGAGAAGAGAUGAGAACAGGAGACGGCCGGAUCACCCAGACUACAACUCCUCCACACUGUAUGUGCCUGAAGACUUCCUCAACUCUUGCACCCCGGGGAUGAGGCGGUGGUGGCAGUUCAAGUCUCAGAACUUUGACCUUGUCAUCUUCUACAAAGUGGGCAAGUUUUAUGAGUUGUAUCACAUGGACGCUGUCAUUGGGGUCAGUGAGCUGGGACUGAUAUUCAUGAAGGGCAACUGGGCCCACUCUGGUUUUCCAGAGAUCGCAUUUGGCCGAUUCUCGGAUUCCUUGGUGCAGAAGGGCUAUAAGGUAGCCCGCGUGGAACAGACCGAGACCCCAGAGAUGAUGGAGGCACGGUGCCGGAAGAUGGCGCAUGUGUCUAAGUUUGAUAGAGUGGUGAGAAGGGAGAUUUGUAGGAUCAUUACCAAGGGCACACAGACCUAUAGUGUGCUGGAUGGUGAUCCCUCCGAGAACUACAGUAGGUAUCUUCUGAGCCUCAAAGAGAAAGAGGAAGAUUCUUCUGGUCACAUGCGUGCAUAUGGUGUGUGCUUUGUUGACACUUCACUGGGCAAGUUUUUCCUGGGCCAGUUUUCAGAUGACCGCCACUGCUCCAGACUUCGGACUCUGGUGGCACACUAUCCUCCAGUACAGAUUUUGUUUGAGAAAGGAAAUCUCUCAACAGAAACCAAAACGGUCCUGAAGGGCUCACUGUCAUCCUGCCUUCAGGAAGGCCUCAUUCCAGGUUCCCAGUUUUGGGACGCCACUAAGACUCUGCGAACACUCCUGGAGGGAGGGUAUUUUACUGGAAAUGAAGGCAGUAGUGCAGAGCUGCCCCCGGUGCUUAAAGCUAUGACGUCAGAGUCAGAUUCUGUUGGGCUGACACCGGGAGAGGAGAGUGAGUUGGCUCUCUCUGCUCUAGGUGGUUGUGUUUUCUACCUCAAAAAAUGCCUGAUUGAUCAGGAGCUUCUGUCAAUGGCUAAUUUUGAAGAGUAUUUUCCCUUGGAUUCUGACAUGGUUGGCACAGUAAAACCUGGUGCUGUCUUUACUAAAGCCAGUCAGCGAAUGGUGCUAGAUGCGGUGACAUUAAGCAACCUGGAGAUUUUCCUGAAUGGGACAAAUGGCUCUACUGAAGGGACUCUGCUAGAGAGGCUGGAUACCUGCCAUACCCCUUUUGGCAAGCGACUCUUAAAACAGUGGCUUUGUGCCCCCCUCUGUAGUCCUUCUGCUAUCAGUGACCGUCUAGAUGCCAUUGAAGACCUGAUGGCUGUGCCUGACAAAGUCGCCGAAGUUGCAGACCUCCUGAAGAAGCUGCCAGAUCUUGAGAGGCUACUGAGUAAGAUUCAUAAUGUUGGUUCUCCCCUAAAGAGCCAGAACCAUCCAGAUAGUAGGGCUAUAAUGUACGAAGAAACGACAUACAGCAAAAAAAAGAUCAUCGAUUUUCUUUCUGCUCUAGAAGGAUUCAAAGUAAUGUGUAAAAUUACAAGGCUCAUGGAGGAUGUCGCUGAUGGGUUUAAGUCUAAAACCCUGAAGCAGGUUGUGACUCUGCAAACAAAAAGUCCUAAAGGCCGUUUUCCUGAUCUGACCGCGGAACUGAACCGAUGGGAUACAGCUUUUGACCAUGAGAAGGCUCGAAAGACUGGACUCAUUACUCCAAAAGCAGGAUUUGACUCAGAUUAUGACCAAGCACUUGCUGACAUAAGAGAGAAUGAACAGAGCCUCUUGGAGUACUUAGACAAACAGCGGAGUCGGAUCGGCUGUAAAAACAUAGUCUACUGGGGAAUUGGUAGGAACCGUUACCAGUUAGAGAUUCCAGAGAAUUUUGCUACCCGCAAUCUACCUGAAGAAUAUGAGUUGAAGUCUACCAAAAAGGGCUGUAAACGAUACUGGACCAAAGUGAUUGAGAAGAAACUGUCUAAUCUUAUAAACGCUGAGGAACGCAGGGACGCAUCUUUAAAGGACUGCAUGCGGCGUCUGUUCUAUAACUUUGACAGGAAUCACAAGGACUGGCAGUCUGCUGUGGAGUGCACUGCAGUGCUGGAUGUCUUACUGUGCCUGGCUAGCUAUAGCCAAGGAGGAGAUGGCCCGAUGUGUCGCCCAGUACUUCUGUUACCAGGAGAAGACACACAUCCCUUCUUAGAGCUUAAAGGCUCACGACAUCCCUGCAUUACAAAGACUUUCUUUGGAGACGAUUUUAUUCCUAAUGACAUUCUGAUCGGCUGUGAGGAAGAGGCAGAGGCGGACGGCAAAGCCUAUUGUGUGCUUGUUACUGGGCCAAAUAUGGGAGGCAAAUCUACACUCAUAAGACAGGCUGGUCUGUUAGCUGUGAUGGCCCAGAUGGGUUGUUAUGUACCUGCCGAGAUGUGUAGGCUCACACCAGUGGAUAGAGUGUUUACUCGACUUGGUGCCUCCGAUAGAAUCAUGUCAGGGGAAAGUACAUUUUUUGUUGAGUUGAGCGAAACUGCUAGCAUACUCAGGCACGCGACAGCACACUCUCUGGUACUUAUGGAUGAAUUAGGAAGAGGGACUGCAACUUUUGAUGGGACAGCGAUAGCCAGUGCGGUUGUUAAAGAACUCGCUGAAACCAUAAAGUGUCGAACACUGUUUUCUACACACUAUCAUUCAUUAGUAGAGGAUUAUUCUAAAAAUGUGUGUGUGCGCCUAGGACAUAUGGCAUGCAUGGUGGAAAAUGAAUGUGAGGAUCCCAGCCAGGAGACCAUUACUUUCCUCUAUAAAUUCAUUAAGGGAGCUUGUCCUAAGAGCUAUGGCUUUAAUGCAGCAAGGCUUGCUAAUCUUCCGGAGGAAGUUAUUCAGAAGGGACACAGAAAAGCAAGAGAAUUUGAGAGGAUGAAUCAGGCAUUACAACUAUUUCGGGAAGUUUGUGUGGCUAGUGAAAGGCCGACUGUAAACAGUGAAGCUAUCCAUAGGUUGCUGGCUUUGAUUAACCAAUUGUAGACUACAUUGGAAGCUGAGUUGACUUUUGAAAAAGGUGGUAAAUUCAGACAACAUUAUGAUCUAAUAAACUUUAUUUUUUAAAAAUGA